CCAAAAAAGACCGAUUAGCUCCCUUUCUUAUUUUUUUAUGUUCCGUCCAAAAAUAACCAUUCAAAUGCCCAACCUUAUCGGAGACCUAAUCGUAUCCUGUGUGCCUAAGCCUCACUGCCUGUGUUGUUCGACUGCUUCGACAGCGUGAGAGAGGAAUCGCCGGUUGCAAUUCGCCGUGUCGUAGUCGUCACUCGUCAGUCGCAAUCUUGAGCCCACUGUCCAGCUUCGACUCGGCGACUCUCUCGCCUGAAAUACUCAAUCGCCGAGAGCCGAUCUUGAGACGCCGACGCCAAUCCCAAUUGAAUCAGGCUUUGCAGAAUUCACAGCAGACCUCAACUUCCAAUUGCCUUAUGGUGCAUUUCUAAGGAUUUCAAAGAUGGCAUCAUCAAGUCGGUCUGUAGCUGCAGGAGACUUGCAGGUGGUUUCUGUGGAAGAGAGGACAGUAGCUUCUCUUCCUCCUCGACCCCCAACGUCUUCCUCCAAUGCUUUAGUAGAAUACACACCACCUGCACCCAACAUUGAAGAGGAGGACCUCGAGGUUAAGCUCCGUCGUAUUCUUGAUUGUGUCCCUGUUCGUGUGAGCAAUACUUCUGGUAGCUCUGCUGGUUCAGGUUCUGGUGACUUUCAUCAGUAUCGACAGAUGAGACGAAAAGAACAAGAUCGGCUUGCGAGGAUGGACGCUGAUUACCAGAAAAGAAAGGAAAUAGCCGAAUUCAACAGAAGGAAAGAGGAACGAGUGAGAGCCGCUGAGGAGCGCACUGCAAAGAAACGUUCGAAACGGCAGAAGAAAAAGCAAAGGAAGAAAGAGAAAAAGAGUCAAACUGCUGCGGCCGUGGAAGGAGGAGAGAGAGAAGAAUCGUCGGACGAUGGAGACUCAGAUAACGGUGAAGCUAUCUAAUGGUACAUACAAUCUAUCUUUGAGUCUCAAUGCCUUCUUCAUUUUGGAUGAUUCUUUUUAGUGUGUAAUUUAAGGUUCAUUUCCCAUCCAUUGUUAGGAGGAGGAGGGCUUUCUGUCUUGUUCUUGAUGUAUCAUCCUUGCCAAGUGUUGUAGUGUUGCGUUCGAUCGGCAUAGCACCAUCUACGUCAUCCUCAACUGCCAUGGAAACCACCGCAAGUACACUAGAGACAGUUGCCAGUGCACACUGUUCAAAAACUCUGUAUGACAUAUGGUUCUUCCUCCAUGGAGAUCGAAGAACAUGACUGUUGAGGAAUCACAAUCACUAACCAAGAACAAAUCAUCUGACAAGGGUUGUCUUGCAGGAAGUGAACAAUUUCUCAAUGUGCAGGCAAUUUUUUUUAAAAUAGUGUUCGGGAUGUUCGAAAAGAAUGAUGUUUGUCCUGUACGUUCGUUUGAAUUUAGUAAAUGUUCAAAAAGAAUGAUGUUCUUUACUCAAUUGAUUAUUCGGCAUAUUUGAAAAGAGUGGCUUCACUGUCGAAGAAGAAAAAAAAUUAUUUGUUGAAGU